UAUAAUAUAUAAGUGGGUGCAAAUCUCAUCUUACAAGCCGGUUUUGUGGGGUUGAGUUUGACUUAAAGUCCACUUCUUAACAGUUUAGUCCCAUACUGAUAAUAUGCUUUAAACAGAGGUUAUAAAGCUUGGUCAAUCCUCACUUUGCAAUUUGAUUUUGUGGGGAAUGAAUUAGGUUAUAAGCACAAAUUCUAUGAUGUAUCAAACCUAUUCUAGGUUUAUUACUAAUUACUUGCAUUCACCAUGCUUUAGCAACCUUGUGCAUGAGUGCAUGAGUGGGAGUGUCGGGAGGACACCUUAAUUUAGGUGACCCCUAGCCUGCCUUAAUUGUGCCACUUCUUUGCACGUUGCCUUAGUUGCAACUAAAGAGUGGUUUAGUGUCACAUCAACUAAAUAUAUAACUUAAAUGGAGUAUAUAAAGUUUGGACAAUUCCUACCUUGCAAAUUGAUUGUGUGGGUUUGACCUAGGUCUAAGCUCAAAUUCUAGGAAAUAUUAACGGUGUGCAACUCAGUAGACAUUGAUACUCACGAUACUAAAUGCAUUUUAUCAUUUGAUAAGUGAACAUACUAUUUCUUAACUGCAUGAACUAUUAUUAUUAUUAUUUCCUAUAGCUUUAAACUUUAGUAUAAGAGUCAACCAGAUCAAUCUAUAAACAAUAAAAGGAUGGAACACAUUUUGGCCUUUCUACUGUCUAUACCUGAUAUUUAUUCCAAUUUUCUUUCUGGUAUUGAAGACAAAGUACAUAAAGUUUUCGAUUACCAUCUUAUUUUCUCCUAUUGUCUUGGCAGUAUGACCACUGCUGUUGUACUUGGAAUAAUUUAUAGUGUUGCCAACAGUUUCCAGCCACUUCCUGAAGACUUCUUCAAAUACGAUUUGAGGGAGCCUUUCAAUCUUCAGAAGGGUUGGCUUUUAUGGGCUGGAGUUGGACUUGUUGGUUCCAUAAUUGCCACUGCAUUGACUGGAGUUGCUGUGUCUUCCUUCAGUGGAGAAACCCCACAAAGAGAGACUGAUGCUCUUGUUGGUUUGCUUCCGUUAAUUGGAUCAUCAAAUCUCAAUACUGUGUGCUUGCUGGGCAUCACAGGUGUUCUUGCUCCACUCCUUGAGGAGACUGUAUUUCGAGGAUUUUUUAUGACUUCUCUGACCAAGUGGGUUCCUACACCAGUUGCUGUUAUCAUUAGCGCCGCUGUGUUUGCCCUUGCACAUCUCACUCCAGGAGAAUUUCCACAGCUGUUUGUUCUCGGGACUGCUUUGGGGUUUUCAUAUGCUCAAACUCACAACCUUCUCACUCCCAUCACUGUUCAUGCUUUUUGGAACUCAGGAGUGAUAUUAUUUCUUACUUUUCUGCAGCUUCAAGGGUACGAUAUCAGAGAAUUGUUGCAGGUAACUUGAUGGAAACCUUCUCUCCCAUGCAUGGAUGUGGAACAUAUGUAUACAGUUUAGAAUACAUAACCAUUUCUUUGUUUAUAGGCUCCCUUUUCCUGUUGUAAAACAUAAUCAGAUGGUUGUUUCAAACAGUGAAGAAUGGUGUAAGUGGGUUACCUUGUCUUAGGUCUUUUGAGUUUAAAGUAUGAAAUCUUAAUUAACUCAAUAGCAACAACAAAAAACAUUCUAGUUACAAGCUAACAUUUUUAAUAAAU